UUGGCAACGCGGCAUGUCCUUUCCGUAGGCGCCGCAACCAUGGCGAGAGGACCGAAGAAGCACUUGAAGCGUUUAAAUGCCCCCAAGGCAUGGAUGCUGGGGAAGCUUGGGGGGCCGUUCGCGCCGCGCCCGAGUUGCGGUCCCCACAAGCUGCGGGAGUCGCUCCCGCUCGUGAUCUUCCUUAGAAACCGGCUCAAGUAUGCCCUGAAUGGCACCGAGGUCAAGAAGAUCCUCAUGCAGAGAUUUGUCAAGGUCGAUGGCAAGGUGCGCACUGAUGCCACAUACCCGUCUGGGUUCAUGGAUGUCAUCUCCAUCGAAAAGACCGGCGAGAACUUCCGUCUGAUCUACGACGUCAAGGGCCGGUUCACCGUGCACCGCAUCACGAAGGAGGAGGCUUCGUACAAGCUGUGCCGGGUGAAGGCGCUGAAGAUCGGCGUGAAGGGGAUCCCGCACCUGCUGACGCACGACGGCCGCACCGUUCGCUACCCCGACCCCAACAUCAAGGUCAGCGACACCAUCCAGCUGGACCUGGCCACCUCCAAGAUCAAGGACUAUUUGAAAUUCGACACCGGCAACCUGUGCAUGAUCACCGGCGGCCGUAACUUGGGUCGCGUCGGCACCAUCAUCCACCGCGAGCGCCACCCGGGCUCGUUCGACAUCGUGCACGUCAAGGAUACGGCCGGACACAAGUUCGCCACCAGGCUGCACAACGUGUUCGUGAUCGGCAAGGGCACCCGGGCGUACGUGUCGCUGCCCAAGGGCAAGGGUGUGAAGCUCUCGAUCGCCGAGGAGCGGGACAAGAGGCUGGCGCAGAAGAACUGAGCCGCUGUCCGCCCGCCGCCACAUCGUAUGGGCUAAUACACUGCUGAAAGGAGCCCA